AUGGCGAUACUCACCGACGAUGCCGAUUACGAUGCCGGCGAAACGUUUGAGAAUGUACCACGUCCACGGUUCAACUUUGGAAAUGAUCAUGCCGACAAUGAGCUCCGGACUAGGUGCGUUCGGCUAAGUCUUCCUACCAAUAUGACCAUGUUGCGAAAACAAGGUCAAACAACCUCUGAACUAUCAUGGUUCGACUCUCGCUGGGGGUGUUAA